CAAAAAACUGACCCAAAGUUUCUUCUAAUAAUUAUAACCACUUACCAGUUACCACAUAAACUGAUAAACACCCAAAAUGAGCACCAACACCACUCUAAUAACAGCCACAGGCACAGCAGAGUUGGUAUUUGUUCCAACUCCAGGUAUGGGCCACCUUAAAUCCACUGUAGAGUUAGCCAAACUCAUCAUCCAACGUCACCACAACAUUUCCAUUGUCAUCCUCAUCAUCAACCUCCCCAUCACUACUUCCCUCAUCAACGCCUUCGUUCACUCUCAAUCACGUGAUAACCCUUACCCGACCCGUUUAACUUUCAUCACUCUCCCAAAUCUUUCCAACCCACCCGAACGUUCCUCACCCGAUUUCAUCCGGGUCGUCAUCGACCUCCACAAACCUCUAGUCAAACAAGCCGUCGAGGAUCGAAUUCGGGCCGGGUCUUUAUUAUCUGGAUUCGUCCUCGACAUGUUUUGCACCACUAUGAUUGAUAUUGCCACCGACUUAAAUGUUCCUUCAUAUAUAUUCUUUACUUCUGGAGCUAACAUGUUGAGUCUCAUGCUUCAUAUUCAGUCAUUAAAUGAUGAACAAAUUUUAGAUUUUACUAAGGAGGAUAUAGAGCCGAAUGCGGAGUUUGAUGUUCCCGGGUUUGUUAACCGGGUACCGCACAAAGCUCUUCCUUCAGCAGUUCUUGAUAAAAAAAUUGGGGUUCCUAUGCUUCUUAAUAUUACAAGGGGAUUCAGAAAAUCCAAGGGUAUUUUAGUAAAUACAUUCACAGAGCUUGAAAGAUCUGGUGUACAAGCUUUGUUAGAUCAAGCAAAUCAAGGUAGCAUCCCGGCUAUUUAUCCAGUAGGUCCCAUUUUAGAGCUUGACAGUGGGUCCCAAGGAGAGGACCACGUGUCAAUCUUACAAUGGCUAGACGAACAGCCGUCUUCUUCAGUAGUGUUCCUCUGCUUUGGGAGUAUGGGAAGUUUUAAUGCGAGUGAAGUAAAGGAGAUAGCCAACGGUCUAGAAAAGUCUGGGCAUCGAUUUUUGUGGUCUCUACGGAAGCCCCCUUCUGAGGGUACAAUGCAGCCUCAAAAUGAGACAUUUGUAGAUGCUUUACCUGAAGGCUUUCUAGAUCGGACGGGUAAGAGUGGAAAAAUAAUUAGUUGGGCCCCACAAGUAUCGAUCUUGGCCCAUCCUUCUAUAGGUGGGUUCGUAUCGCAUUGUGGGUGGAACUCGACACUAGAAAGUAUAUGGUUUGGGGUCCCUAUAGCGACGUGGCCACUAUAUGCGGAGCAACAACUGAAUGCAUUUGAAUUAGUCAAGGAGUUGGGAUUAGCAGUUGAGAUUAGGAUGGACUAUCGACGUUGUUGGGAAACAAGAAAUGAAGCAAACUUUGUGGUGACAGCUGAGGAGAUUGAGAAUGGUGUGAAUAAGUUAAUGAGUUUGGAUGAGGAGACGAAGAAAAGAGUGAGGCAAAUGAGAGAUGAAGGUAGAAAAGCUUUGGAAGAUGGUGGAUCUUCUCAUAUGUCGUUGGCUCGUUUUAUUGAAAACGUCUUGACUUUUGAGUAAUGUUGCUGAGAUUAUUGUGUUUGUGGUUAUAUGGAUUGUCAAUUUGUCAUAUAGAGAAGUUGGAAUUUGAAUGUGUUCAAAUCAAUGUUGUUUAUGUCAACGUUUUCUUUCUCUUAUUGUUAUUGGUUUAUGUAAGUGUUUUUGCAAAAAAGUAGGAUAAAUAAUAGACUAUAUAACUUAAAGUUAGGGGUGUCUUUUACCAUUUAUCUCAAUUUCUUUUUCUAUUUUAAGUGAUUCUAAGCCUGGAGCGUUUUUUAAA